AUGAAAACUGGCGCCGGUUUAAUGAGCACGGACAAGGGAAAUCCAAGCACCGACACCGACAUAUCUAAGAUAUUUAAGGUGAUGUCCAUAAUAACGGUUUUCAUGCUUCUCGAACUGUGGGGUCACUGGCACAGCAACAGUUUGUCAUUGUUGGCCGAUUCUGUGCACCUGCUCGUGGACAUUCUGGGCUUUAUGGUGAGUCUUAUCGCGCUGAGCUGGACAAAAAAGAAAACAAACUGUAGGAUGACGUUCGGAUACCAUCGAUAUGAAGUGAUUGGUGCCUUGGUUUCGAUCCUGUUCAUAUGGGCAGCUACAGCAUAUUUAAUCCAGGAAUCGGUCAAGAGAUUUUUAUAUCCCCAGAAGAUCAACGAGAAAAGUUUUAUGCUCGUGGCCACGGUUGGUUUUGUCGUUAAUCUUUUCUGUCUGCAUUCACUUCGCCACGGACACAACGAAAAGCACGUGUCAACCAAUUUAAACAUGAAGGCCACCUACGUGCACAUCAUUGGUGACCUAAUACAGUCCUGUGGCGUGCUCCUGGCCAGCGCACUUACGUUUUUCUUUCCGAAGAUAGUGUUCUUCGAUAUUGCGUGUACUUUUGUGUUUGCAUUUAUCGUUCUUGUCUCAACGUUGCUUGUUGUUGGCGAGGCCCUCAGCAUCCUUGUUGAAUCGGCACCCAGGAAAAUUCCGGUAAAGAACGUUCACAACGAUUUGCUAGAAUUGGACAAGGUGCUGGAGAUACUUGACCUGAAGGUAUGGUCUGUAGGUGUGAACAAACACGCAUGCAUGGCAGUUCUGCUCUGCGACAACAUUCUCACUUUCGAGUAUGAGAUGAUUUUGAUGAAGAUCAAGGACAUAUUGAACGAAAAGUAUAGAUUUAGUUAUUUAGCGGUGCAGAUUGAGACUAAGAACAUGAGGGCCAAGUACGAUGUGAUUGUAUAGGACGAAAGCUGGGUUUGCGCGAGGAAGAAACUGAGGACUUGCAUGCAUAUGCUGUCUUGUCGCGCACCACUGUGCUCCAUGGCGG